ACCAAGUCAACCAUAAAUAUUUUUAUAUUAUAAUAGUUUUUUGGAUUGUCUAUGGUUAGUUAAGAAAAACUCAAUGUUAUAAAAUGGUGUAAGAUUUUUCGUGCCAUAAAAUAAAUAUAUCGUGAUUCUAUAAAUCGCCUGUUUUUUAUGUUGCCCUCAUCAAGCUACCGGAAGGACUUUAAAAUAUAUAUGUAGGGCACAUAAAAAUGGUCCUUCGAUCCGUAAAAUUGUUAAAGUGAAAAGUGCGCCGGUGAAUAAAUAACUUCGCUGUGACUGUUCGUGUGUAUCUAUAAUACACCUUUAAAUACGACGUCGCGGCCAGAUUACACCGUGCGUGAAGGCUUUGAGAAGCCAUUUGUAGAAGAAAGCCACGACGAGGAUUCGAACGUGAAAGAAAUUGCUGUCAAGUGUUCGCGUAAUAUUCGACCGCGGCAUUUCAUACUCUUCAUACAGCGUCCGCCAUUUUGCGACGCAUCGAGUGCAUUUCUUCGUAAGAAAAAGAAAAAAAAGAAGACAGAAAACGUCGUGACGUACUUCCUGUCAUUUUUUUAAUUUCUAUUUUUUUUCCUGCCGGAGUUAGCAGAAUUUACUACAGUUGCAGUCAUUACCGGUUUUUGGUACGUGUAUCGGAACGUUUUCAAGGUGGGUCACAGACAACAGACAGGUGUUCGACCAAUCCCGUUGCUUCCGAAGAUUCCCGACGAUUGCCGACGAGACACGAAGCGCCUACGCCGCGGCCAUAUUGUCGCGCUGUUUCAUUUUCCACUAUUUCUACUUGUGAAGGACGCGUGCGCCGCCAUUAUCAUUUUCGUGUAAUUAUAAUUUUUAUGGUAAAAGUUAAAGUAUUAGUAAUAAAAAUAACUGCAAAUUGUUGUAAAAAGGUUCCUGCAUACGACGACACUGUUUUUACAUACAAGAUGACGCUGCCGGACGAUUCCGACAAGCUUAAAAGGCUUAUAAGUGAGCGCGGGUACGUGAAGUCAUGUCUUACACGUAUAGAACGUUUCUGUGCGUCGGGUUUAGAAACCGCAUCACUAGAAUUGCUCCAGGAAAAACGUACACGACUCGUCGAGAUACUCAAGGAGUACGAGAAAUACAACAAGGAAAUUCUAUUCCUUAAUCCAGAUGACAAGGAAAACCCGGAAGAGUAUGAAAAAAAGCGAGCGCUUGCCAUGGAGAAUACCAGCGGUGAGAAAAUGUACUCAUCCGCAGCUGACUCAGCAGGCACUUCUAAAGGUGGUAAGCCUGGCAAGUCUGCCAGCUUUGUAGCAGCCUCGACUUCAUGUUCUCCAACGCGAGUCGCUGCCGCUAACACCAACGGGGCCCUUCCUGGUUAACACGAGCUUCGGUUAUGUUGUCGCAGGCAGCCUGCCUGUAUCUGCAGGCCAGGUAUCCUCGUCAAACUUUUGUGUAACAGUUCAAGGUAACAUUUAUGAUAACCUUAAAUUACAAAAUGAUCUGCUAGAUGAUCAUAACAUUUGUGAUAAGUUUAAUAACUGCAAAUUGCAAAAUGAUCAGUCAGAUAAUCUUAAUAUUUGUAUUAAUAAUAAUUGUAAUUUACAAUAUGAUCAUUUAAAUGAUCUCAAUAACACCAUCCCAAAAUUCUGGGAAUGUGAACAAGUGCCUAAUAAUUUUAAAGAAGGUACAACUGAACAGCAAUUAGCUGAGGAAUGUUUUCAGCACUCUGUACAACUUAUUGAUAAAAAGUUUUAUGUGGCACUUCCAUUAAAACUUGAAUUAGAAUAUAUUGAAUUAGGUGACUCAUUUUCGCGUGCACUGCAGAGAUUUUACAAUCUGGAAAAACGGUUUUCUAGGGAUGAGAACUUGCAUCAGCAGUACAAUAAAUUCAUGAAUGAAUAUAUUCAACAGGGACAUGCAAAACUUUAUGAUAUUUCAAACUACGAUUCUAAAGCUGGAAAUGUGUAUUAUUUACCCCACCAUCCUGUUAUAAACCCUAAUAGUAAAACUACACCUGUUCGAGCUGUCUUUGACGCAAGCAUGCUUACUAACAAAAAUAUUUGCUUAAAUGAUAUCAUGUUGAACGGGCCCGUAGUACAAAAUGAUCUUUUUGACAUUUUAACACUGUUUAGGACUUUCAAAUUCGUUUUACUUUGUGACAUUAAAGCUAUGUACCGUGGAAUAAUGUUGGAUAAUAAGUAUUGCUGCUUGCAAAAUAUUCUCUGGCGCGAAUCACCUCAUGAUCCCUUGCAGUGUUUGCAACUGCAAACUGUAACUUACGGGUUAAAAAGCUCUGCCUUUCUGGCUACUCGUUGUCUAAUCGAGUUAGCUGAUAGAUAUAAGGAUCAAUAUCCUUUAGCUUCAUUUGUUCUCAAAUAUUUAAGCUACGUUGAUGACAUUCAGUGUGGAUCUAAUGAUCUCUCUGAGCUUCUUGAGAUGAAAAGGCAACUUGUAGAGCUUUUAGGAUUAGCUAGUUUUUCUUUGCACAAGUGGUGCUCUAAUAAUAGUAAUCUUAUUGAUGAUAUACCUGUUGAACUUCACCAGUUAAAUAAUAAAAAUUUUGAUAAAACAAACUCUUAUGUAAAAACUUUAGGUUUGACUUAUAAUGUUGACUCUGAUACUCUCAAUAUGCAAUGCCCUGUAGUUCAGAGCCAAAAAACCUACACAAAACGGCAAAUGUUAAGUUUUGUCAGUAAAUUUUUCGACCCAUUGGGUCUAGUAGGGCCUAUCUUAGUGCAGGCUAAAUAUUUGAUGCAACAAGUCUGGUCGGAAAACUUAAAAUGGGAUGAUGUAUUACCUGAUAAUUUAAAUAAAAAGUUUAUUGACUUUACAAAAGGUUUAAUGCGCAUGUCUUGUAUUUCUGUGCCUAGGAAUAUUAACUUACAAUCUUGUAUAAAAAUGGAACUUGUCGGUUAUGCAGAUGCCUCGAAUAUUGCUCAUGGAUGCUGUCUAUAUUUAAGAGUAAUUGGCUUUGAUGGUAAUGUGAUUGUUAAUCUUUUAUGUUCAAAGUCUCGUAUUAACCCUAAAGACAAGAAUUUAACCGUUCCUAGACUUGAGCUCAACAGUGCUUUGCUAUUAGCCAUGUUGACAAGAAAAGUAUAUGAUACUUUAUCAUUAAAAUAUAAUAAUAUUAAUACACAUUUGUAAAUAGAUUCCAAAAUAGUUUUGUCUUGGAUUGAAAUUGAACCUGUGAAACUCAGUUUAUGUUGCUAACAGGGUAGAUAAGAUUAAACAAUUAUCAAGUAAUUUUCAGUGGCACUAUGUAAGCACAACUGAAAACCCAGCUGAUUGUCUAUCACGUGGUGUUGAGCCAGACCAGCUGAAGGAACAUCCAUUGUGGUUUCAUGGUCCACAAUACUUGCAUAAUGCUGACUAUGUGCAUUGCAUAUCACAAGUAAAUACUUCAGAAAACGAACUACUUGAAAUAAAAAAGCCUUCAGCUUCUUGUAAUGUUUGUCAUAGAGAUAAUUAUUUUCAUGAUUUUCUCCAUAAAUAUUCUAAUUUGAAUAAAAUGACCCGUAUUAUGGCUUAUACUAAGCGAUUCAUAUUUAAUUGUAAAAAGACUAAUGUCAAUAAGAAACAAGGUCAUUUAUGCCCUGAUGAGAUGACUUUUGCUCUGCAUGAUUUAAUAAAAAUUGAUCAAAGUAAACAUUUUGAAAAAGAAUUGAAGGAUAUUGAGUCUAAAGUUCAUUUAAAAUCUUCCUUAGGCAGUUUAAGUCCAUUUAUUGAUGGUUAUGGACUUCUUAGAGUGGGUGGUCGUUUACAAAACACAAAUCUGUCAUUUGAACAGAAACACCCCAUUAUUCUGGCUAAAUCUUCAACUUUGACUAAAUUAAUAAUUUACAAUGAGCAUAUAAGGCUUAAGCAUGCAGGUCAAAGGUUAACUCUCAGUAGUUUGUACGAGCGAUAUUGGCUGAUCAAUGCUAACAGAGAAAUAAAGGCUGUGCUACACAAAUGUGUAAUAUGUUUCAGACUUAAGGCCGAAUCUUCCAGUCAACUCAUGGGAUCUCUACCGCUUGAUCGUGUUAACGUUACUCGUCCAUUCCAAAUUGUAGGCACCGAUUAUGCCGGGCCUUUCAAUGUAAAGCAAACUAGAAUAAGAAAUCCUGUCAUAACAAAAGCCUAUGUAGUGAUUUUUAUAUGCUUUAUUACAAAAGCUAUUCACAUUGAAUUAGCGUCGGAUAUGACAACUAAUACAUUUUUGUCAUGUUUUAAAAGAUUUAUAAGUCGUAGAAAUAAGCCUACGAAAGUAUAUUGUGACAAUGGAAGUUACUACAAAGGUGCAGAUAAUGUACUAAGGGAAUUGUAUAAUCUACUGAAUUCCACAGGACACCAAAACAAGGUAUUAGAAUAUGGUACCUCUGAAAGGAUUACAUUCAAUUUUAUUCCUUCUUAUAGCCCAGUAUUUGGUGGUCUGUGGGAGGCAGGAGUUAAAAGCGUUAAAUACCACAUGAAACGUGUAAUUGGAAAUGCGGUACUCACUUUUGAGGAAUUGUACACGGUGCUUGUACAAAUUGAAAGUAUCUUAAAUUCUCGCCCAUUGACGCCCUUGUCAAGGGACUGUAAUGACAUGACUUACCUUACACCUGCACACUUCCUCACUGGUGCUCCGUUCACCUCAUAUCCAGAAUUAAAUUUAAUGGAUGUAAAUGUAGGAAAGCUUAGCUUUUGGCGUCAGUGUACGCAAAUGCAACAGACGUUUUGGCGUCAGUGGCAUAAACAAUAUUUAGUUAUGUUACAGAGCCGUCCUAAAUGGCAAAAUCAACAGCCAAACUUGCAGAAAGGUACUAUGGUACUACUGAGGUCUGAUUCUAUAUCACCGUUAAGUUGGCCUGUUGGACGAAUUGUAAAUGUCAUACCGGGGAGGGAUAACUUAGUUAGAGCUUUAGAUGUAAAAACAGCUAAGGGGUUCAUUGUUAGAACUAGUGUAAUGAAAGUUUCGCCAUUACCUAUAGAUUAUAAUUAAGUUUAUUGUUUAAGCAUUGUAUUUAAAAAAUGUUUCUGGUACUAUACCUAUCUUGUGGCUGUGCCCAAUAUGUUUAUGACCAAGUCAACCAUAAAUAUUUUUAUAUUAUAAUAGUUUUUUGGAUUGUCUAUGGUUAGUUAAGAAAAACUCAAUGUUAUAAAAUGGUGUAAGAUUUUUCGUGCCAUAAAAUAAAUAUAUCGUGAUUCUAUAAAU